AUGACAUCAAAUUUUAUUCAACUAGCAACACAUUCAAUUUUUGCGAUAAUUUGGUGCUCAUCACUUUACUAUGACAUUCACUAUUUGCCUCGACUUAUGGGAGAAGUUUGGGCAAAGAAAUUGGUCAUGUUAACCAAUAUAAAUUUUAUUCUUUUUGUUGGAUAUUCCGUUAUCAGUUUGUUUUUUGUGCUCACAAAAUGGAAAUUUUUGCGAAAUGUGGUCGACUUUUACUUUUAUACAUCAAUUUUCCCAGUUGGAAUGACGACAGUUGCUUUAUUCUGGGGUCUUUACGCGAUUGAGCCAGAGUUGGUGAUGCCGGCUUGGGUCGCCGCGUUGAUACCCAAUUGGUUGAAUCACGUCACUCAUACAUUACCGGCUGUUCACUUGUUGAUUGAUCUUCUCUCGAAUCACCACACUCCACCAACGAGAUUCACAUUGAAAGUGAUGGCUUUCGUGCUGGUAGCUGUGUAUUUUAAAAUAAUUUUCUAUGUUCGAUACUAUGAUGGAUACUGGUUAUAUCCAGUUCUUGAACUUUUCCAUCCUAUCAUGCAUAUUUUUACCUAUUUGGGAGCUGUUUUUGGAUAUUUCUCUCUAUGUUGCUUGGCCACAUUUGUUACUCGCAAAAUUCACGGUGAAAAGAGGAAAGUGGGA